GCAAGUCUUGCACGGAUGAAGGAGGAUCUCUUAGUAAGACUGGGGAUUGUUAAUGCCUGCAUGCAGCGCGGUUUUCAGGUGCUUGUUGCAGAUGUAAGAACAAUGGGGAGCUGUGCACGAGACAUACUCAGAGACCCAUACUCAGAUUUUUCUAAAGCAAUGGCCACUUUUAAUGACAUUCAGGUUAAAGAGUUGGACAAACGUGCAUCAGGUCAAGCGUUUGAAGUUAUCCUUGCCAGUCCGGGGCCGGAGGUCAGGCAUGAGUUUCCUCUCUCCCCUACGAAGAAGAAAGAUCUUUCUCUAGAGGAGAUCAAGAAAAAACUGGAGGCUGCAGAGGAGAGACGCAAGUCUCAUGAAGCGGAGGUCCUGAAGCACUUAGCUGAGAAGCGUGAACAUGAGAAGGAAGUGCUUCAGAAAGCUCUGGAAGAAAACAACAACUUCAGCAAGAUGGCAGAGGAGAAACUUAACCAGAAAAUGGAGGCCAACAAAGAGAACCGGUCAGCAAUAAUGGCAGCUAUGAGUGAAAAGUUCAAAGAGAAGGACAAGAAGCUGGAAGAGGUUCGUAAAAACAAGGGACAAGGAGACCAAAAAGAUUCACUGUGAUGCUGAACGUUACCAGGGAUUCAAAUGGGGGGGGUUACUUAUCCAAAUGUUUUCUUUAUUUUUCUAUUGUUGACCAGUUAUUUUUUUUGCAACUUCCACUCCUGUUUGUAUUUCUGAGUAUUUGGCCAAGUGGGCAGGUAUUCGGUUUGAUUUCCUCUGUUAAUACCAUAUUCAUGAUGUUUCAAUCAAAUGUUUCAUUACUGCUCUUGUGUAAGGCACUUUUUUAUAGCUUUAGCUUAAAGAGUCGAAGCUUUUCUGUCAGCAUGUGACUCUUGUAGGCAUAAGCAGAGAAUGGGUACCAUUGGGCUGUACAUGACAUGCAAAAUUAGCAAUGCACUUGAGCAUCUUGACAAUUAAAACGGUUGUUCUAAAAUAAAAAAAAUCUUUAAUCUUG